AUAGAAAGGGGAAGAGAGAGACAGAGCAGAGAGAGAGAGAGAGAGAGCGAGAGAGAGAGAGGUUGUGUGGUUGUAAUGUGUUGGGGGGGUGUGUGUAACUCUUGGCAUGGGCUGCGUGAGGAUGGAGAAGGGUACUAUCAGGGCUUGGGAGAAUUAACUCCUUCACUCAAGAAUUAAUUCCCCCUUUUUUAAAAAAGACAAAGUGGACACAGAAGAGAAGCAUGCUGUCCUGGCUGGGCUGUGACAUCGUGGGGUGAGAGUGAAGUGAAGAUGGCGUAUAUACAGGACAGCUGGAACCCAUCAAUGAGGGUCUGUUGUCCAAACUAUCCAACCUCCUACUGUGUCGCUGGACCUGUCAGUCGUGCUGGCAGUCAUGCUGGGAGUGCAGCUGCUGUCAACCCAGUGAUGAGGAGGUGGAGAUUUUGGGUCCCUUUCCUGCACAGACCCCAGCCUGGAUGGUCAAUGACUGCAAUGGUGACAAAGACACAAACUCAGAGGUAUUGGCUUAUGACCCCCCUGCUACACCCCACGACACCUCUCCAGACAGACAUGGCUCCGGCUCGGAGACAUCCCGUUCCACCUACAGCUUGGCCCGAAGGCUGUCCAGUCUUGAGGCUCGAAGGCCCAGCUCUCCCCUGGUGGACAUCAAACCCAUUGAGUUUUGGGCCAUGGGUUCCAGGAAGGAAGCGGUCCAGCCUGCGGUUUUGCGGAAGCCCUAUGCGGCAUCUGAGGACUAUUCCCGAAAGCUGGAGCCUCGGCUGUACUCAGUGGACUCCAGCGGCGAUGACGUGGACUCGUUGACGGACGACGAGAUCCUGCUGCGCUACCAGCUGGGCAUGCUGCACUUCAGCACGCAGUACGACCUCAUCCACAACCACCUGACCGUGCGGGUCAUCGAGGCGCGCGACCUGCCCCUGCCCGUCUCCUGCGACGCCUCCCGCCAAGACAUGGCCCACUCCAACCCGUACGUCAAGAUGAGCCUGCUGCCCGACCACAAGAACUCCCGACAGACAGGCGUCAAGCGAAAGACCCAGAACCCUGUCUUUGAGGAGCGAUUCACAUUCAAGCUGCCCUUCCUGGAGGCCCAGCGCCGCACACUGCUGCUCUCCGUCGUUGACUUUGACAAAUUCUCCCGCCACUGUGUCAUCGGCAAGGUGGCCAUGUCCCUCAAUGAGGUGGACCUGGUGAAAGGUGGACACUGGUGGAAGGCCCUGGUGCCCAGUUCACAGAAUGAGGUGGAGCUAGGAGAGCUACUGUUGUCCCUCAACUACCUGCCCAGUGCCGGGAGGCUGAAUGUGGACAUCAUACGGGCCAAGCAGCUUCUGCAGACUGACAUGUGCCAGGGCUCAGAUCCAUUCGUCAAGGUCCAGCUGGUGACGGGCCUCAAACUGGUGAAGACCAAAAAGACGUCCUGCAUGAGGGGCACCAUUGACCCAUUUUACAAUGAGUCCUUCAGCUUCCGGGUCGCCCAGGAGGAACUGAAUGAAGUGAGCCUGGUGUUCUCAGUGUACGGCCAUAACAUGAAGAGCAGCAACGACUUCGUUGGGCGAAUUGUGAUUGGCCAGUUCUCCACUGGUCCCCCUGAAACGAGCCACUGGCGCCGGCUCCUGGACUCCCAACGCACCCCAGUGGAGCAGUGGCACAGCCUGAGGUCCCGCGCAGAGUGCGAUCGUGUCUCCCUUGCCUCCCUGGAAGUCACAUGAUGGCCUUUAACAUCAGGGAUUGGGAUAUAUGUAUAGGCGUAGGGAUAAGGACAUGGAUAUAGCCGUGGUUAUAUGUAAUGGGGGGAGGGGGGGUUAAAAAUAGGCAACAGUGUCAGGGAUCAUGGAAGAUUAGGGGACAUACAGAUACUGUAGAUAAAGAUCACCUAGAUAUCGCCUUAUCUAGAAAUCAAUGUUCCACGUCUGUUCUGACAGUUUGAAACUUGUAGGUGCCUUCCAUCACCACCACAGCUUUACUUGUAGACCUCACAUCCCUUUAAAUUCCAAUGGAGAGAAAAUGCACCUGGAGUGUUUUUUUGUUACAAACAAUGCAGAACUGAAUGUCUAUUGUCAACAUAUUUUUUUUCUAUAGCAUUGUUGCUACCUGACAAACUAUGACCUCAUCAUGACUUCUGAAAAAAUGACAGACAGACUGGUGGCACGUCGAGUGGUAGUGCAGAAUGUGUUGCUUCUUUUUCUUGCAAAAAUUGCUGAUAAUCAAUCUUUGGGCUUUGGAAUUUGACCCAAAAUUCAUCCCCAAAAGUAAAGAUGUCUUUGUGUUAGGCUAAAUGCAGUGCAGUGAGCAGACCUGGAGUCUGCCGCUUUUUGCUGUGGUUCCUGCCCAUCAAUGACAAUCAGUAAGAAAAAGAACACUGCAUGCAGCCUCAGUGUGUGACAUCUCCCGUUGUUUGGUCUAGCCAAAGGAGCCAGUACACAAUGUUGUGGCUCAGCAGCGUACGUGCGAGUUUAGAGUGUUUGUCUGUGCUGUUUUAUUGCAAGGCUUCACUGGUAUUGAACGUAAUCCAUAUGAGGCACACAUCCUAGGCUAUUCAUUCUUGUCGUUGGGUAAGUGAGAACAAGAUCCUACUGUCAAUUCACAUCUAACCUCGCCUCUGAUGUUGAAAGUGUUUUUUAAACCGAGUCACCCUUGUGUACUGUUGAAGACUGUCGUGACCCUCAUCGUGUAGAAGUGUUAAGUCAAUGUUACAAUAUCAGGGUAUGCAGAAAUACCAGCAGCAAAUGACAUGACUCCAAUAGACAAUGUGUGUGACUUGUCAACGUGUUGUGAUCGUUCAGUUCAGCUGCAAGCUAUACCAUUCUGCCAAUACCAGUACUAGUUUAGAUAACCUGACAGAGUGAAACCCAAUACUGUGGUUAUAAAAAAGAAGAAAAUGAAUUUACUGUGCCAGUCAAUUCAAUUAUUUAUUUAUGUAAAAAGAGUAUCGAUAUAAAUAUUUAGAUAUAUUUAUCCCAGCAUAUAUAUAUAUAUAUAUAUUUAUUACUUUUCUGAAUACAAAGAAUAUAUAUUGAACAAAUUGAUGUUAACAUUUGUUUGAUAUUGUGAAAAAAUAAGAGCGAGGUGUAAAUGUACAUCUUCACUGAUGUCUGCGGACACAAACAUUCUGUAACGUGUAAGAAUUGAUAUGGUCUGUCCUUGAUUGAGAGUUUAGGUCUUUGUGGCUCUUCUGUCUCCUGAGAUCUGAAUCUCCAGUACCACCCAGUGGUAGCUCAAGAUGGGCUGUUGCUCUCUGCUUGAAGAGAACUCAUUUGCAGGGAACAGCUGGUACCCAAUGAUUAACAAACCUGACCAGGAAGAUCCUCUCAUGGACAUGGAUGAAUACUUUCCCCUCCCAAACCUACUCUGCCUGCAUGUCCCGUUCCUUCACUCAAAUUCCCACAAUUCCUUUCAUUGGGGAUUUGAUCUUUAAUUGAAUGAUGGAUAAGGAACAAGCAGAAAUUGUGUAGAUGGCUGGAGCAGAUCAAUAGAAUCCCUUUAAAAUGUCCCUCUUCCCUGUGUCGCUGGACAGUGGGAAACCUGUGCUGUAUUUGACAAAGUUAUAAGCUGUUUUGUAAUGUAUUGUAUCCCUGUUAUUAAGCUUAUAUUUGUCCAUGUCUGUGCAUGUCCAUUUAAACUGUGCCUCAUUGUUCAUCCUGCAGAAGGUCAUAUUGGACUGCUUUGCAAUAAAUGCUUGAGACACCUGCUGCUAA